UUUUUUGAUGAAACAAUGAAAAUAAGUUUUUUUGUCAAGAAAGAUUGGUUCAUUCGUAAUAAAUUGGGCCCUGGGCCAAUUACAGAACAAACAUGGGGUAAUAAGUAAUAACCCACAACCAAAACAUUUCUUCGUGUGAGAUAGGAGAUUGAAGUAGUCCGCUCUUCCACCGUCGCUUGCGCUCACCGGCUCCGUCGAGAAUGGACUCUGAAACCAAGCAUCUGCCUCAAGAUUUGAUAACUGCAAUCCUGUUCGAGUGACUCGUCGAGAAUGGAGACUCAAAUCCACCAUCUGCCUCAAGAUUUGAUAACUAGAAUCCUGUUGAGGUUGCCGGUAAAGUCUCUUUUACGCGUCAAGGCUGUGUGCAAGUUUUGGCGGUCUCUCAUAUCGGAUCCCCAUUUUGCAAAAUCACAUUAUGAACUUGCUACUCCUAGACUUGUGUUCAAUACCAAGCUUGGUAUUCAAACCAUGGACUUAGAUGGAUGGCUUCACUCUAAUCCUAUUUCUGAACCAAUCAAUGUUGACUUUUUGUCUACGUACUCUUAUAUUCGAAUUGUAGGCUCGUGUAGAGGCUUUCUGCUAUUGGAAUCUAUGGCAAAUCGGAUCAGCCAUAUAUGGUUGUGGAAUCCAUCCACACAUGUCCACAAACGAGUACCUACAUCUCCUUUUGACCGCAACCUUCAUUGUAAUAUAUAUGGUUUUGGGUAUGAUUCAUCAGAAGAUGACUACUUGGUGGUUCAAGUGCCCACAACACUCGCCCCACUUAGACGUUUAGUACCUGUGCAGUUUUUCUCAAUGAGAGCUAAUAUGUGGAAAUGUAUUGAAGGUAUCAAUUCACGUCCCUUGAACCUCGCUUGUAGUGAUCGAAGACCCGGGUUGCUCUUCAACGAGGCCAUUCACUGGGUGGCUUAUGACCAUGAUAAAUCAAUGGAUGUUAUUAUUGUCUUUGAUUUGAUGGAAAAGAGAAUUUUAGAGAUACCGCACCCAGACCCAGUUGAUCUUGCCCGUCGUCUUUCAUCUUGUAAUUUGUGGGUGUAUGGAAGAUUUUUGAGUCUAUCGGUUAAGAGGAGGGAUAAAUUUGAAAUAUUUGUUAUGGAUAAUUACAAAGCACAGUCUUCUUGGACCAAGACCAUUGUUCUAUCUUUGAGUGGCAUUUGCCCUGUAUGCUCUACAAAAGGUGGGGAUAUUGUUAUGGAUGGUUUCACUAAACUGGUGAAGUAUACUGAUAAUGGAGAACAACUAGAGCAUUGCGAAUAUCGUGGUUAUCUAGAAUCCCGGGUGCCCAUCUAUAUAGAGUCGAUGCUUUCACUCCCGGGUGUCGAUGAGCAAAGCUGAAAAAAGAUGAAUGAGAAUUACAAUGAGAAUGAUAUUUUUUGUAUUGUGAAAUAUUGUCACAUUAUGAUGUACUGGACUGUGAACAAUGAACUGCAUGGAAACAGAAUUAUAGUUGGUAAGAAAUUAUGAUUUGAGGACACUGGUUAGAAAAUGCUUAAUGGGAGUUAGUUCAUGAAUCUAGCAUCUUUGUUUUA